UGAAUGCUCAAGGAUGUCACUAAUUUUUUAUUGUCUGCACAAAAAGUAUGUUAUUGUGAACGGUAAUAAAGGUCACCGGGCAGCCCUGUGACAGUCGGGCGGCAGACUGCAUUGAUUCGCCGGUGAUAGCGGUUGUUUAAUUGUGAAAAUGUUAAGAAUCUCUGACUUUUUUGUUUUGAGCAUUGUCGCGGUGAGCUGCGGUCUUUAUGUCGUUAAAGAUGAAUGUCCAGCAAACGAAGAGUAUUUAUUAUGCGGCAGUGCGUGUCCCUUCAACUGCACAGACCCUGAGGGUCCCAUCACCUGCUCCGAGGAUUGUGUCGAGGGUUGCUUCUGCAAAUCCGGAUACUUGAGGAACGAGAAUGAGACUUGUGUCAGCGCUGACCAGUGUAUCGGUGGUAAAAACCCAGUAUGUGGGGAAAACGAGGAGUUCCUCUCGUGUGGAACAGCCUGCCCGCUGACCUGCAAGCAGCCGGAGCCGCUCUCCUGCGGACUGGCAUGCAGCAUGGGUUGCUUCUGCAAGUCUGGAUACGUACGAGAUGAAAGUAACAAGAAAUGUGUCACUUUGGAUAAAUGUCCUGCAGAACAAUGCCUAAACCAGAACGAAGUGUACGACAUCUGCAGUGCAUCCUGCGAACCUUCCUGCUCAGACCCCGAGCCUAUUUGUACCAAAGUGUGUUCGGGCGGAUGCGUAUGCGCAGCAGGAUUAUUCCGCAAUGAUGCAGGAGAUUGCGUCAGUGUCGACAAGUGUCCUGCAAGGAAUGGCACCGAUCCAGGCGUUUUAGCCAAAUAUUUGACUGUUAUUAAUAAGAUUUUACAUUUGUAGAGGAUUUUUGGAUUUCAUUUAGAUAAUGUGAAAGUAAAAGAACGGUCGAAGCAAAAAAGUAGGAACUAAAGAUAUUUUUUAAGAUUAUCUUUUAAGUUAGACAUUGUACCUGCUUCGAAAAUUUGUAGUUAUUACUUUAGUAUAAGUAAAUGGAGUAGAAUGGUAGGUAUUGAUUUUGUCUCGCCUUAUCUUUCAAAUGCAACAUCCUGGCGAAAUCUUUACAUAUGCGAUUUCAUGAGAAUUUAAAAUGUACCUGAAGCGUACCAACAUAUAUUAAGAUUUUGACAAAAGUGUCUCCCUGGUAAUUAGUAGCGGAAGAGAUCUAUGGAGUCAUAGAAGGAUAGAGUAUUGUACAGAGUUGACUACAAUCAUGUAGGAUACUAUAACAGUAAUGAUUUUCAUUUUAGAAGUCCCAAAAUACUUUACAACAUUACAUGUAUGUAAAAAGUACCUAUUUGUAGAAUAGAAUAGGUAAUAAAUUAAUCUAAUCUAAAAGGUACUUAUUGGUAGAGAAAAACCAAGACAAUUUUACAAGACCUAAGUAAAAUAAUAUGUAAAUAGAUGCAUACUAGCUAUAUAAAAUUAUAAUUAAUCGAUUUAUUCAAAAAUCGUUUAUGUGCCGCGAAUGAGUAGGUACAUCACAUCGAGUUGAUGGCGCAUUAGUAUAAGGUUCUAGGUUAAUUUUUAUCUAUAUUGGAAAAAAAUAUUUCAAAUUUGUAUGUAGCUGAAAAUUAGAAAAAACAAUCAGUCAUGAUUCCCUCUUUUAUCUUACGGGAUUAUUGGAAAUGAUUACUUGAAAAAGACAUAGAAUUAUGUGAUAAAUACAGUACAAUUUGUGCAAAAAAUGUAACUUAGAACCUUGUAAUAGUUACCAAGCGAAUUCUGCCCUGGAAAUUGAUACAGCAGUAAAUCAGAAAAGGCGUGCUCUGUUUGAUGGUUGACUAGAUUAUCUUAUCUUUCUUACUGUUUAUCAAACAAGAAUAUGCAUUUGUAAUUUACGUAGAUGAAACCUAAAUAGGAAGAAAAAUCGUUAAAUUUACUCUCUUUUGUACCACACAGAAAACAACGAUACAAAUAAGAAAAGAGAGACAAAAGGCACAUGUACAAAUGGCGGUUUUAUCGCUCUAGGCAAUGUCUUCCAGACAACCAUGGGAUGUUUAAUGCGCAUUCCAAAUCAGUAAUAAAAAAAAUUGGCCGUCUUUAACUUACUGCCCUCUCGAUAACCACGGCAGAUUUAAUGACGACUAAUUUUCUUGCUAGAGCACAUGAGCUAAUACGCCGCUAUUGAAUUGUGUUUAAGGAUUUGAAAAAAUUUACGUUGCAGUGCGGUGUUAUAAUCAUUUUGCGCUAACAUAGAUCUUAUUGUGUAUUAGUAAGCAGCAAUUAUUUAUGUCUAUAAUUCUUAUGUCAUUCUACUAAAAUAAUUAUGCUAAUGAAUUGCCCUUGUUCU